AUGGCGUCGACCAGGCUCAAGCAACGCCAGCCGUGCGCGCUCUCAUGGGCAUUGGAUCACAUUCACGAGUAUGGGGACGACCCUUCCCAGACCCCUCACAUGUGUUUCCCUUCCUCUCCCUCCCCCCUCUCCCCAACCCAGGCUCUUGCUAUAGACCAAGUAGAGGAAACGUCCAGGGCGCUCUCAUGGGCAAUGGACCACAUUCACGAGUAUGGGGGCGACCCCUCGCGCAUCUUCCUCACAGGCCACUCCUCAGGCGCCCACGUCUGCUCCAUGGUUGUGUGGCGCCGCCUCAGAAACCGAGCACUUGAGCAGCUAGCAGCAGUCAGCGCUGCUGCUGCUGCCACCCUAAGGCCCUCCCUCUCUGCCGCCCUCAAAUCCGCGUCACCCCGUUCAUUUGCCACGUCAGCUGGUCCCAACGCAUCAGAUGGUCCAGACGCCACGUCAUCAGAUGCUCCCCGUCCAGUGAAACGAUCAGCCAACUUUGAUAAAGCUAACUUUAACCGCCAACCAGCUGCUGCCAAGUCAUCAUCCGUGUCGUCCCUGUCAGUAGGAGCAGACCCAGAAGCACCAGGAGUAGCAGGAGCAGCAACGGGCAUAAGGGGUGACCAUGCAGGUGCAAUUGAUGCUGGUAUGCCUGUGACCAGUAUGGGAAGGGGAAGCGCAAUCUCAGGAGGGGGAAGUGCAACCUCAGUGGUAGAUGCAGUCAACAGAGCGACAUCAAAAGAAGCAGCGAAGCAGGCCCUUCGAUCCCACCUCCUCAAGUCAUCAGCUUUCACCCAACCCGCUGAUGCCACAGCGACUGACGCCAUGAUACCUCCAACGCCAUCCAUGCCUGCUUCUUCGCCUCUCCAACCAGCCCAAGAGUUCACCGUCCCUCUUCCCUUCUCUGUCUCCUCCUCCUCUUACACAGCUGCAGCAGCGGCAGCAGCAGCAGCAGCAGCAGCAGCAGCAGCAGCAGCAGCAGCAGCAGCAGCAGCAGCAGCAGCAGCAGCAGCAGCAGCAGCAGCAGCAGCAGAGGCAGCAGAGGCAGCUCCCACAGGUGCACCUUCAAGAAAUAUCGCAUCUCCCCUUUCCGAUCAAGAACCAUCCUCUUCUCAAGAGGCAGACCCCCUCUCCUCUGACUGCUUCUCCUCCAGGUUACUCGCCCCCUCGCCGCCCUCUGCUCUCGACAUUCUCAGGCAGGAGCUGGGAGGGGGUGUUGCUGAAGCUUGCAGCACAGCAGACUAUGUCCUUGGGGGAGAGGGGGGAGGAUUGGCAGUUGAAGGAAUGGGGGUAACGGGGGAGGGAUCAGGAGGAGUAGGAGGGGGAGUGGGGAUUCGGGCGAAGGCUUUGGUUUAUGACGACGCUGGUCAUCCGGAUUUUGCGUGCUGGGCUGUGAGGGGCGAGAGGAGAGGGAGAAGGGAUGGGGAGGUGAAUGGGGGAGAGGGUAGCGUUAAGGGUGGAUCAAAGGGCGGGGUGAGUGAAGGAAGGAAGGAAGAGGAAGGGGAAUGGAAGGGAGGGAUGUUAAUGAGGAGCAAGAGCAUGAGGAAACUGAGUCAACUGAGGCAAGAAGCAGAGGGGCGAGAGGGUGAUUCAGGGACCAAGGAUGGGGAGGAAGGGGAGGAAGUGGCAGGGCAGGUGUUAUCCAGUGGAGGUGCUUCUGAUGAGAUGGCUUGUGUGCGAGAUAGCCUUGAUAUUGUCACUGGGCGAGUGUCGCUGGAAGAUAUGGUGUGGCAGUAG